CUGUGAUCUAUCAGCACCAUUAUGAAACCUUGAAUUGACAUCAAGAGAUAGUGUCUUCAAUCCAGAUACGUUUACUCGAGCCAUGAAUACGCCAAGCUCGGCGAGUGAUCGUCCUCCAAAGCGUUUGCGCCUAGGCACCCGAAGCUGUGCUGAGUGCCGGAGACGCAAAGUACGAUGCAUUUUCGGCACUAACAAGGAGAUCUGCAAUGAAUGUGCUUUACACGAUGCUGAAUGUGUACCACAGGGAGGAAAGAAGGUCACAUCGGACCGCCAAGACAAUCAGGAGGUCAACCAAAAGCUCGCGAAUCUCGAGGAAAUGGUUCGUCGGAUAUGCAAUACUAUGGAUUUGAGUAUGGAGUCGUCCAACAUUGGGUCCAGCACCAUUUCCCAUUCUACGACAGAUCCAUUUGCCGAUGCGCCACUUCUCAAUCUCUUCAAAGACGCAAUGCUCAUACAGGAUCUAGAUACUCUACCAAGGAGUGCACUAAAAACUCCGCGUGAUAAUCGAUUCAAAAGCUGCAUGAAAACAUUCAGGCUACUUCUACCCAAUGCAGACGAUCUGAAUACAAUAUUCACUACAUCUCAACUCUUCUGGAAAAUUUGGCAAAAGGGCCAAGGUCUAGUUUUCGACCCGGAUCCUCAGAAUUUCGAUAGUGUUCGCUCAGCUACAUCCUUCAUUCACGGUUCGAUGGAUUCUGACAAUCCCGCUCGAGUCGCGAAAGCCGUCCUAUUCGUAGCAUUCUGCAUACAACAACUCCCAAAUAACGUUGUAAACAAUCAUACGUUCCUUACUGCUGACCCAGAGGCACGGUCAGACUCGUACAUCCUGUUGGCAGACAUGCUUCUCUCGAUUGGCGAAAACUCGAUGCCGACAAUCGACGGACUCGAGUGCUUAGACAUACUAGCGAAGCUGUACAUGAAUAUGGGCAAACCGCGAGAAUCUUGGUUGAGUAUACGACGGGCAAUCAAUCUGGCACUACUGCUUCGACUUCACGGCUCAAAUGGUACAACGAAAGCUAGGGAGCGCAACAUUUGGUCGCAUCUCUGGGCCGGCGAUCGUUAUCUCUCCAUGGUACUAGGUCUACCUUCUGCAACUACCGACUCAUACCCUGGAAUAUCAAGGCCUCUUGCUGGUUCUUCUAUUGCAGAAGGCAUCAUUUACGAAAUAGCCAUCAUGGCAGGGAAGGUCAAUGAGCGGAAUCAGAACAGCGCAACGGCAGACUAUGAGACCACGGUUCAGCUUGAUCAACAAUUGAGAAACUGUCUCCAUCAGAUUCCAUCCGACUGGUGGAAUGCUCAGCCGUCAGCAUCGACGCCGAUAGAAAUGGUGUACGGCCUCCAGGUUCUCAAGCUCCAAUUCUAUAUGCUUCAAAAAGUAAUGCAUCAACCUUACAUGCUGAAAUCAUUCGAAGAUAGCCAAUAUGAGCCAAGCAACUCCGCAGCCUGCGAUGCUUCGAGAGAAAUGAUUUAUGCCUACCAGACGCUACGGAACCACAACCAGAUGGAAUUGAUCAUCUGCGAUCUCAUGGACUUCCAAGUCUUCACCGCAGCGGUGGUGCUAGUCAUCAAGCAUCUUUGGGGCCCGACACCUUGCGCCUUUCGGGAGAAGGGGGACUGGGAAUUAGUCCAAAGCGUCACGGCGAGUUUGAAGAAAGUUGCAAGCAGAAUGGAAUGCAACGUAGCUGGCCAAGCUUUUGAAAUUCUGGAAUACCUGACCACAGCGUACAGCGGCACAUAUUCAGGCCCCGGCCAAUUCGAAGCCGUGAUACCGUACUUUGGGAAAGUCAAGAUCAAUAGGAUUCAGCCGAGGAAUUCUGCGCCUCAGACGGAGCCUUUGGAUUUUCCGACCGAUGGGUUGAUGGAGUUUCCGAGCACCAUUGAUCUCGCUACCAAUUCUUUCGAGCCUUUGUUUUGGAAUGAGUCUGUGGAUUUCUUGUCUGGACCGGAGUUGGGUAUUGAUUGGACGUCGCUGAUUGAUGAGGGCGUGAAUUAUGAUUGGAGUCAGCACUUUGAUCCUACGCAGCUUGGUGGGCCAAUUAUUGGGGAUGGUAGCACGUUUUUGUCAGUCUGA